AGUAGCAUUUCACUUAAUAUGAAACCACGUUAGGAAGAACGCUGCAAGUAAACGCCUGUAACACCGUAUUAUCUGAACGAGAGAGGCUUUGAAAUAGAUAAGAAGAUGCCAGUUUAGCACAUCAGUCCAGAGCCACAAAUGUCUCAAGAAUCGGUGCAGACUAGUGAUGGAGGGGAACAAAAUGCUACUCUUUCAUCUGGGUUAAGACUUACUGUGGAAAAUGUGAAGAGGCUGGAGCAGCAGUUUGAGGAAGAUCAGCAGGACAGUGCUUUGGAGAGAAUGGAGCGGUACGUCAAGGAGGCUAAACGCUAUUGCCCACAGCAAAAGUCCAUGGAGAGCUGGAGGGCCAAUGGCCCAGCAGUCAAUGCGAACCAGUUAGGUGAUGGCUCUACAGCUGUUCUGGUCCCAGGGGCUGCUGGGAAACCAGCCGGGCAAGCAGAAAGUUCUGACUAUGUGCUGUCGGUAGAGGAACACUUUGCACAGAGCAGCUUAUAUGGGUCAGUGUUUAAUAUGAGCAAAGGAUACAGUGACAAGACAACAAUAACACCAUGCAGAAGCGCGUCCACAUCACCUCAGUAUAUUCAGGGCUGCACUCUGGAUGGCAGAACGUUCACUGCUGUGUGUGCAAAAACUCAGACUGACUGGGACUGGGUAGUGAAAUCCAGGUCUGAAUGGAGCAGAAGAGGACCUCAGGCUGUUUCUUCUGCUGCUCUUAGAGAUGCAGCUGAAGGGGCACCUGAAACAGAGGAUGAUUUUCAGUUUGUUCAAUUUGGGGAGGUUGAGUCCGAAUCGCACCUCACAAAAGACUCACAGAGCUGUCCUGAAGGACUAGUUGUGAACUCGUUAUCAGAGAGUGAAGACACAGAAAUCCGAAACCUGCUAGACGGUGGAUUGUAUAAUUUACCUGAAGUUGGACCUCCUUGUCUUCUCGCAUACAAACCAGAGUCAAAACAGCCUCCACCUAAUUUUGAUCUGGACGUCGGGUGGUCAGAAAGUGAGGAGGAGCUCCCCACCUGCGAGUUUUGCCAGCAAGUGACGGCGCCUGUUGUGGCAGGGGAGCAGUUGUUCUGCUGUGAAGCACAUCAGAAGUUAUGUGAAUUCAUCUGGGAAGAGGAGGAGGCUCUCUCUGCUGCCCAAGCAAAGAGGAAGAUUGAUGUUUCUCCUCACCCUCCCUUUAAGAGCAAGCAGGAGAAGAAGGCAGCCAAGGAAAAGGCAGCUCAGAAGCUGAGAGAGUGGGAGCUCCAGAGGUUUAAGAACUCCAUGACCCAGGCGCGCUUCUUUACAAAAGGUCUCCAGACCAAGACCAUAACCUUCAGGCUGUCUUCUGAGAAUCCGGCUGAACACAAACAGUCCCAUUUCCCCACAGAGGUCAAAGACUACAGUCAGCUAUUUACUCUCCAAUCAGGAGAAGAAAUGAGAAAGAGCACGCACGCAGUUAGAAAAUUCUACCCCGGAGGCCAAACGUUUCUCACAAUGUUCCCAGAUGGCACAGGCCAAGCUUUCUAUCCAUCAGGAAGGGUGGCUAUCAUGAUCUCUUCCGUGAAUCCAGCGGAUUUUACCUAUAUAAUUCUUGAAGAUUGUGCCGUUAAACCAAAAAUACGAGCAAUCUUCACCACCAGGGGACAGUCAACAUGCUAUCACCUUAAUGGAAUGAUUUGGGUAAACCUGAACCAGCUUGGUGGCGUGUGCUGCAGCGAGAGAGGAGUCCCGAAGAGGCGCUGGAAGUGGUUGGACUGGGAUCCCCAUGUUCAUGCGCCUCCUUUCCAGCCCAUCUGUAUGGCUCUGAACCCCCACACGGGCAUACGCAUCCUCUCGCAGGAACAGAUCUACAUCACCUUCGCCUUCCGGAGGAACAGCGUCAGGUUUAACGUUGGGGCCAGGCUAAGGGUUGAAGACCCCAGGGGACUGAAAAAGUCCACGCCGGAUAUCCUUAAGGAAGACCUUCGAACAAGAACGCUGGAGAUCUACACUCUAUUAGAAAAGAUCCAAAAUUCUGUGAAAUAUCCACACUGCGCCCUUUCAGAGAAGAUCCCUCCUCAGUUCAGCCUCUCUGGUCAGCUCCACAGGCUGAAGGAACAGCUGGGGAAAGCAGAAUGUAAGAAGACGACAAAGAUUUGCUCCCCCACCAAGGAACAAGAAGAGUGAUCAAAUGCUGCUCAGCCUUCUGCUCCUCUUUGCUUGUUUCUCAAGUAGCCUUCCACCAAUAAAGCAAGGGAUUGCUCAAUUCA